AUGAUUUUAAUAUUUUUAAUAAACAUUUUGUUUUAUUUGAAUUUAAUGACUAGAAUUUGUGAUUCUAGCUUGGUCAGUACAAACCAUAAAUUAGGAUCGGGGUUAUCGAGAGUGUCAUUAGAUCGACUGUGUAAAAAGAUAACAGAAUCCAAAACACCGAACACCUGUAAAAUAGUUUCAUGUAUAGGAGCAAAUGGGUGGAAACAGAGAUUGCUUCUUGAAAAAAGUUUCGGCCUCGAUCCAAGUAAAUCGUCAACACUAAGUGGGCCCCUGAGACCAAGAAGCGAUUUAUGGGAACUUAAAGCUCCAGGCGGGCCGAGUUUACUGCUGGAUUCAGAGAUGCCAAACUUUGAAAAUGAAGUGAGAAGUAACGUGGACAACAGUUCAUUCAUUAAGCUCUCAGCACUGUCAAGCUGUAUAUACGUGUUUUUGAACGAGAGCGAUUUUGACGUAAAUGACGGAGAAGUUAAAUUUGGAUCAAACGUAAAAAGGUUUUUUGAAAAAUUGUCAAAAAGAAUACAAUUUGAAGCGGGAGGAAGGGAUAAGAAGAUAAAGAACAUGUUCAUAGUGUUCCCGGAUUUUAAAUCGUUUGAAAAAAAGGUACAAGUCGCGCAAGUACUGAGGUCGUUUUCGUCUAACAGACAGCUAGCAUUGGCACUGGACUACCUGAGCACUAAAUCGUUUCAAAACAUGAGCAAAUUCGUUGACGAAUCGCUGGAAAAGGCGCUGAAAAACGAGAAGGUGGAGGAGUUUGCGAAAACGUACCAAGCACAGGUGUUGGACUCUAGAAUAAGCUACUAUACUCUGGCGAUGCAGCUUCUGGUUAGUUAG